AUGUCGAAACCCCACCUCCCUAACGACGAGUUCCUCUCCUUCCUCGAGUCCCUCCUCGUCAAGCAGUCGGCCUCGUCCCGCGGCUCGGUGUUCCUUACACAGAAACGUCUCCAGUCAGAAACUACAAGUAAAGAUGAAUCACAAUCUACAGUGUCGAAUCCGCCAAUGAUCUUAAUUCGGGCAUCAAACGGAAGACACAAAGAUUCGAAAGUCAAGGCUUCCACGGUCGUGAAACCAGAAGAGAUAGAGGCAUUUUAUCGCCGGUAUGCAGAGAUAUGCAAGGCCGGCAUGGUGGGCUUGAAGAAGAGGGACCGCAGCGCAAAGAAGAAAGGCAAGGCUAAGGGAAAGAAAUAG